CCACCAUUGUUUACAUUCGUGAUUUCAUUGGAUUCUGAUUCCCUUUAUCUGGCUUAUCAGCUGUCGUUACGGCGGAGAUUAAGCUUAGAAAAUCACGUUGUCUGCGAGAUGGCCCUCUCUAUCUUCAAGGAUCUGCCGGAGGAGCAUCCGCGCCAUUUGAUUCCAUCACUAUGCAGGCAAUUCUAUCAUUUGGGAUGGGUCACCGGCACAGGAGGUGGAAUGAGUAUUAAACACAACGAUGAGAUCUAUAUUGCACCAUCGGGCGUUCAAAAGGAGCGAAUGCAACCAGAGGAUUUGUUUGUGCAGGAUAUUACUGGAAAGGAUUUGCAACUGCCGCCCGAGAUCAGGGGACUUAAGAAGAGCCAGUGCACACCGCUCUUCAUGUUGGCUUAUCAACAUCGCCAGGCGGGAGCAGUAAUCCACACUCAUUCCCAGCACGCCGUAAUGGCUACCCUUUUGUGGCCAGGAAAAACCUUCCGUUGCACCCAUUUGGAAAUGAUUAAAGGCAUUUACGACGAGGCGGAUAAACGAUACUUGCGCUAUGAUGAGGAACUGGUUGUCCCUAUCAUUGAGAAUACACCCUUUGAGCGUGACCUGGCGGACAGCAUGUAUGCCGCCAUGAUGGAGCAUCCCGGUUGCAGUGCCGUUCUUGUUCGACGACAUGGCGUCUACGUUUGGGGACAAAACUGGGAGAAGGCCAAAACUAUGUCGGAAUGCUAUGACUAUCUGUUCUCCAUUGCCGUGGAAAUGAAAAAAGCCGGAAUCGAUCCGGAGAAGUUCGAGAGCUCAUAAGCUGAUAAAAACACACAUGCCGUAUAUUGUUUAACCCUUUAUAGGCCUUGUUCUGCAUUUACUAUUGUAAAUGUUAUAGUAAUGUAUAGAUUUUCAUUGUCUGAAUAUAAAACAGUUUCAAUAACGCAAA